UCUCAAAGUAUUAAAACACAAAGCCUCAAUUUAUUUAUUCCUCCAUUCCCAUUCUAUCCUAUUCAUUCCUGUGCUUCCCACUGCCCCAGCUUGGUCUACCAUGGCUCCUCUUUGGUUCUACUCUUUCAUCAUGCUCUUCAUCUUUUCAAUCUCCGCUCUUCCUCACUCUCUCAAUACCUCUCAACAGCAACAAUUGCUCCUGCAAUUCAAAACGGCUAUUUCCAACAACAACAGCUCUUCACUGCCAGAUUGGACUCCCCUUCACCCCCUCUGUAAUUGGUCUGCCGUUACCUGCGAUCCCUCUUUCCACUCCGUCGUCGCCCUCAACUUAUCCCACAUGAACUUACACGGCACCAUCUCUCCUCUGCUCGGGAAUCUCUCCUCUGUUCAAUCCCUCGAUCUCUCCAACAAUGCCCUCACUUCUACCAUUCCACCUCAACUCGCCCAACUUACCCAUCUGCAGGUACUCUUGCUCUACAACAAUCAAUUGCAAGGAACCAUUCCGCCCGCUCUCUCCGCUUGCCGCAGUUUGUAUGUCCUGGCGCUCUCCUAUAACCAACUGCAUGGCAGCAUUCCGCCUGAGCUGAGUCUCCUUACAAGAUUGAAGUUCCUCGCCUUGGGAGGAAACAAUCUCACAGGUGUCAUUCUCCCUUCUUUCAAAAAUCUGUCCACUUUAGUUAAGUUGUAUGUGGGAGAAAAUGAUCUGACGGGCACCAUUCCCAGCUCUUUAGGAAAUCUGUCUUCCUUGACCUAUUUAUAUUUGGCAGAAAACGAUCUUCAUGGCCCCAUUCCCCCUGAACUGGGCAUGCUCACUCACCUGCAGAUACUUUGUCUUUUUACAAAUAACUUAUCAGGCACCAUUCCCAGCUCUUUAGGAAAUCUGUCUUCCUUGACCAAUUUAGGUUCGGCAGAAAACGAUCUUCAUGGCCCCAUUCCCCCUGAAUUGGGCACGCUCACUCACCUCCAGACUCUUCACCUUUGGGGAAAUAACUUAUCAGGUGCCAUUCCCUAUUCUUUAACAAAUCUCUCGAAAUUGAGAGACUUAGGUUUAACUCUAAACCAGCUGAGUGGACAUAUUCCACGGGAAAUCGGUACCAAGCUCUCCAAUUUGCAAUUACUCGGUUUAAUGGGAAAUCAGCUUAGUGGAAAAAUACCAAACUCUCUUGGAAAUUGUUCCAACCUCACAGGGCUUACUUUAGCUAAAAACCAGCUCAGUGGAAUAGUGCCAAUGGAGCUGGGCAAAUUGAACCUCCUUACCCGGCUUCACCUACAUACCAAUCAACUUGUUAGUGAUAGCAGCAACACAUUGUCUUUUCUAACUUCUCUUACAAAUUGCUCCCACUUGCAAGAAAUAAAAGUGUCGGAUAAUCAUCUCACUGGUAUAUUGCCCCCAUCCAUAGGCCAACUGUCUUCCAAUCUCCAAUUCUUGGAAUUAUCAAACAACAUGAUAAGCGGAAGCAUACCACAACAGAUUGCCAAUCUAACAAACUUAACCUACUUGAGCUUAAGCGAUAAUCUUUUGAGUGGCAAUAUUCCAUCUGGAAUUAAAAGAUUCCAGAAGUUGGAAAGAUUGUAUUUGGGUGGGAACAAAUUAGAAGGAAGCAUUCCAAGUGAGAUAGGUCAAAUGCAACAUCUCGGACUCCUAAAAUCUUAG